AUGGCUGCCAUGCUGAGCCUUGUCCUGCUGCUGGUGGCCGGCGGGGUUCGCGCCGCGGUGCUGCCCGACUCCAGGGUGGUCAAUGGGCAGGAUGCGGAGCCCUACAGCUGGCCCUGGCAGAUCUCGCUGCAGUACGAGCGGGACGGCACCUUCCGCCACACCUGCGGGGGCACCUUGAUCGCGGCCAACUGGGUGAUGACGGCCGCGCACUGCAUCUCCAAAUCCCGCACGUACCAGGUGGUGCUGGGCGAGUACGACAGGAGCACCGGGGAGGGCCCCGAGCAGACCAUCCCCGUGAGCUCCGACGACAUCUUCGUGCACCCCAAGUGGCUCAGCUUCUGCGCGGCCUGCGGCAAUGACAUCGCCCUGAUGAAGCUGCAGCGGCCGGCCGUGCUCUCGGCCGAGGUGCAGGUGGGGCGGCUGCCGCCCGCCGGCUCCGUGCUGCCCAACGGGUACCCCUGCGUGCUCAGCGGCUGGGGGCUGCUCACCACUGGGGGGUCGCUGCCGGACCGGCUGCAGCAGGCAGAGCUGCCCGUGGUGGACUAUGAGCACUGCACCCAGCCCGACUGGUGGGGGGCCCUGGCCAUCCGCCGCACCAUGAUCUGUGCCGGCGGCGCCGAGAAGUCCGGAUGCAAUGGCGACUCUGGGGGACCCCUGAACUGCCAGGCUGAGGAUGGCACCUGGGAGGUCCACGGCAUCGCCAGCUUCGUGUCAGCCCUGGGCUGCAACGCCGCCAAGAAACCCACGGUGUUCACCCGCGUGUCCGCCUUCGAGGACUGGAUUGAAGAGACCAUUAAAAACAACUGAGCAUGGCAGCGUCCUUGUCAUCGACACCCCGCAGCCUGGCAUCAGGCAAAUAAACCACAACUGCUGG